AUGCUGGCACGAGUGGUGAGGGCCAACUUCGCCCAGCUGCCGAACAAGGAGCUGGCCUUCUUCGAGUACAAGAGGAAGCUGGAGUUCGACGAGUACUCGGGGCUGACCGCCACCAUCUUCGGGGCCACGGGGUUCAUGGGCUUUUACAUCGGCAAGGUGAUCGGCGCCAUGGGCUCGGACAUCAUCUUCCCCCACAACCAUGCCUACAUCUUCUCGGAUAACGGCAUGGACUUCGACGACCAGGACCUGAUCGAGCGCAUGGUCAAGCACUCCGACGUGGUCAUCAACCUGCUCGGCCCUCGUUGUGACCUGAAGCGGUACGAGCAGUUCGAGUACAUCAACAUCAAGGUCGCCAAGCGCCUCGCACUCGCCUGCAAGCGCAACGAACGCAUCAAGCGCUUCAUCCAUUUCUCGGCCGCCGCCGCAGCCGAGGACUCGCCGUCCCUCGACUUCCGCAGCAAGCACUUCGGCGAGCAGGAGGUGCUCAGCAUCUACCCCCAGGCGACCAUCCUGAAGCCGUGCCCGGUGUUUGGCCUCAACGACCAUUUCGCCUUCUCGAUGUACAACCAGGCGCACCACAUUUAUGGGCGCAACGUGAUUUUCUCUGACCUGCAGGCGGUCAAGCAGCCGAUUGAGGUACGGGACGUGGCGCAGGCGGUCAAGAACGUGCUGCGGCUAGAGGAGUCCAAGGGCAAGACCUACUACCUGGGAGGCCCCUACCAGCACACCAUGAAGGAGAUCAUCGAGAUCAUGUACAACUACUACUACCAGGAGCCCAUGCCUCUCAACUUCCCCAAGGAGCUGGCCACCAAGAUCGCCACUCACCGCUUCAUGCUGCCCUGGAAGUACUUCAACCACGAGCUCAUCGUCAAGGAGGAUCUGCAAGAGGUCGUCCCCGCGGGCGCGCUGGCCACCCGGGACCUGCUCAUUAAGCCAGCCUCCUUCCGCCAGGGCAUCGCGGAAGUCCAGCCCGAGGCUCGGCCCUGGAAACCCUCCCUCAAGGAUUAG